CGUAUGAGAAAUAAACUCUCCAAUUAGUCAAUUACUCAAUAUGGUCAUCCAAGAAAGAGAUGAGGCCAGAGCACAGCUCCGCUGGCUACUUAACAAGCUCUUCGCUUCAAAUUACACGACUCCCAAUACUGAAUUAGUUGACUAUUGUUCCCCUUCAAUUGAUUCUUCCCCAGUUAGCUCAGUUUUUGAACCCGUCUCCUCGGAACUUUCAAUCCAACCUUUGUUCCUAAUUCAGGAGCUUCAAAAAUUGAUCAAUAAUAUUGAUAAUCUUGUGAGAGGAAAAACUCUGCCUCAGAAGGGAAAGCUCUCCCGGUCUGUGCUGGAUGCUGGACCACUUCUUGAGACGCUUCUUGUAGCAGGGCCAGUCCCUAAGUGGCGUAAUCCUCCCCCUCUUGACACCUUAAGUAUUCCUCCUUUUACUGGCAAAGGUGGUUAUGUCAAAAAUUUCAAUUAAAAGCCAACUGGGCUAUCACUCCAUGCCUCUCCUGAGAAUACCCGAUCAUAUGUUGAGAUGCAUUCAGGGUCCCAAAUCACAUCUAAUGCAGUGCUACAGUCUCGAGACGUGGCUUCAAGAUCGUGUUCUGGCAUUGGAAAGGAUAUUUCAA